AUGUUACUUACCCCGCUAUCCUUCCUUCCCAGCAAUUUCUACUGACCAAAUUCUCUUGGUCCCAUAUGACAAACACCAUGUUGUCACUUACCACCAAUGGAUGGAGGAUCCCGCAAUUCAAGAGGCGACUGCCUCGGAGCCCCUGACACUUGAGGAGGAAUAUGAGAACCAGCAGUCAUGGCGGGACUCGCACGACAAACUAACCUUUAUCCUCUGUCAGCCAACAAAGGCGGAGGAAGGCAAGGUGAAUGCGGGACAAUGCGACUCGCCUGAUAGGAUGAUUGGCGACAUCAACUUCUUCUUGUACCCAUGGGACGACGAUGCAGAUGAGAAACAGCAGACCAUCAACCCAGAGAAGGCACAAUACGUCGGUGAGAUCGACGUCAUGGUGGCCGACACGUCCCAGCGCGGCAAGGGCAUUGGUAAAGCGGCAGUGGACGCUUUCAUGCACUACAUAUGCUGCAACCUACACCCCAUCCUCCAAGAGCACCACGGUGUUACGGGCAAGCCUCGCCUGCGCAAGUUUAUGGUCAAGAUCAAGGCUGACAACCGGGCAAGCAUCGCGCUGUUCAAGGGUGUGGGCUUCAAACAGGACGGCGAUGUCGACUACUUUGGCGAGAUCAAGAUGGUUUUGGACGACUUUGGUAGUUUUGCUACCAAAGUGGUGCCUGAAUUCCGCGAGCUGAUCUAUUGUCGGCCUUCAGCACAAGGCAAAAGCACUCAAUAGCAGCGGCUUGUGAAGGGCAACAUUGCUCUUGAAAUACGCCCUCUUUGGGAAAACCCCAUACCCAAAACCCAAAAAGCGCCCAAAACUCCAAACUCGCCAUUUCAAAAACAAUCAUACCCUGACUGACCGCCAGGCUUCUUUUCUAUCUUUUUUUUUAUACUCCAAACUCUUCCUUGUACCUCAAGAGCGCCUCGAGCGUGGUGUGUGAGCCACCACACACCACCAGGACUAUGUUCUUCUCGGCCCACUCGGCGUCGCUGAGGCCCUUGCCCAGCUUCUGCCUCAGCUGGCCGUUAUACACGACCGAGAUCGUAGCGCCGCAGGCCACCUCAACGAGAAGCCUCGCGUCGUCCAGGAACUUGACGGACCCCAUGACGGCGUCCGCGUCGUCCACCACAGUCGUGACGAGCUGGCCCGCCGCGGCCUUGGUCCACUCGUACGCGCGGGGCGCCACCCUGGCCACACCCAGCGACGAGCAGAUGGACGUGAUUUUGGGCAGCGUCACGAGCUCGCCGGCGCGGAUACUGGCGUCAAGGCUCUCAGCUCCCCGCGUCUCGACGGCCAGCACCCGGGGCUGCUGCGGGCGGCCGCAGUAGAUGCGGUCCAGCCCGUCCAUGAUGCCGAUCAUAAGACCGCCACCUCCGACGUUGCACACGAUGCCGUCGGCCUCCUUGGGCCCUCCCGGCUGCAGCCUCAUCUGGGUCGUGAUCUCGUCGACGAUGCUCGAGGCGCCCUCCCAUAUGUCAGGGUGGUCAAACGGCGAGACGUAGACGCCGUUCGGAUCGUUGAUCAGCAGCUGCGACUUGAGGUACGCGUCUGCCUCGGCGAUGCUGCCGCCCCGGCGAAGGACUUCGGCUCCUAGGGAUUCGAGCUUCUCGACCAUGUGUUGUGGGGUCUUGACGGGUACUACGAUGGUGGCGGGCUUGCCGAGCGACGCGGCAGAUGUGGCACACGCCAGACCUGCGUUGCCGCCUGAUGCGCAAUAGAAGUGUACGUCGUCCCUAGGCGUGAGGGCUAUGGCGCGCUGCAUCAUGUUGCCAAUACCCCGAGACUUGAACGAGCCCGAGGGCUGGAGGUUGUCUAGUUUGAGGUAAAUGUUACUGUCCAGCUGCGCGUGAGACUUGGGGAGAAUACAAGCAUGGCGUCUCAACCCAUGGCUUCACAGGCUCUGCUGAGUAGGAUCCCAUCUUGGAUAUGGUAUGUGUAUGUGUUGAACUAGGUAUGACAAUGUAGCUUUGGUAGUGAAGAAGAAAAGAGCAGCACAGAGAUUUCUGCCUGGUAUUAGUUGACUAUCGGUUGUACUUUAAGGCAAGGAUGAUGUUUGCAUGGAGUGUUGAACUGCCAGACCAAGUGAUAAUUAAGAGGCCAUGGACAAUCAAAGUGGCAAACAGUUUUGUUAUAUACUACUUCGUAUCAGCCCUUUGGGUGCUUAUCUCUUCUGCCCAACUGACCGGGAACCUAGAUUCCUAGAAUAGUCGAGAUGGCGAGAUAACCCCGUGGAUCAAAGCACACGAGGUCGGUACGUACCCGUUCCUCCCCAUGCCAUUCCCUGGUUUUUGGUUGCCA